AUAUAACAUUGUUGUUAAAAAAAAAAAAGUCAGCUAUCAAAACAUGAUAUGCUUCCAUUUCAAUGUAUGGAUGUCAUUUAAUUAGGUUUUUACUUGUGACACCUGGCAUUUUUAAAAUUAUGUUCCUAUUAUGCGUCCUUUUAUCUGUUAUGUAUGUUUGUCAGUUUUCCUCAUUUCAUCUUUGACAGAUUGUGAUAUAGGGAUGUAAAAAAAAAAGAUAAUGAAAUGAAACAACUAUAACUUGUAUAUAAAACAAUCUCCUGUUUUGUGCUUUAUAGCACAAGACUACCUCCUUUAAUGUACUAACAUGGGGGGGGCAUGUAAUAUGUCAUUUGCCAGUUGUGUGUUGGAAAAGCAAAAAAAAAAAAAAGCAGGGGGGGUUUACAAAACAUGUUGGUGAGUCUUACGUUACCUUUAAAAUAAGCUUAAAAAUAUUGUUGGAAAAUUAGCUCCAGCAGCCAUUGCGAUGUCAUACAGUGAAGGGGUGGCCAACCUAUGGCCCUUGGCCCUAUACUGUCCAUGCUCAUUAUAGAGUACAUAAUAAACCUUUCCCUCAGUCUUGAGUUUCCUCUGUUAGCAUUUUGAUCGACCUUUUAAACAUCCCGGGAGCACAAUGCCGACUGCUAAUCGUGAUUUCACACCGCAGCCCUGCCUGCAUCGGUCGCUUUUUAGAUUGCGAAACAACCGCCGGAUUGUUUGCCUGCACUCACAGUGGUGCUGUGUGUAUAUGUGUGAUAUCAGGAGUUGUAAGAGUGGGCCGGCCCUAGAAACCUCAGCACGGUAUAAAUAUCAAGCGAGGGACUCCCUAAUGAACAUUUUCCUAAACGAAGCUUCAGAGGUGCACAGAAAAGAUUUGUAUUCUUGCAAAUGGAGAUUAAAGACUAUUCCCGGAAGCAGGUGGACAAACUGUAUUCUGACAAUUUAACGCCACCCAUGGAUUUAGAGGCUGCGUUGAAGGAAUGCUCUGGCGCCCUUGAUCUCUUUCUGAACAACAGGUUCAAAGAUGCCUUAGCUCUUUUAGAACCCUGGAAGAGCCAGAGCAUGUACCACGCCAUGGGCUACAGCAGCAUUCUCGUGAUGCAGGCGGGCAUGACUUUUGACCCGAAGGACAUGAACGUCGCUAUGGAGUCUCUCAGCGACGCCCUGCUGACGUGCCAGAGGUUUAGGAAAAAAAUGGGAAUAAUGGAGACUCUAGCCAAUCUGUGGUACAGACAAACACCUGAAACUCUGACAGAAGAGGAGAUGCACGCCGAGCUCUGUUACGCCGAAGUGCUGCUGCAGAAGGCGGCGCUCACGUUCCUCGACGAGACCAUCAUCGGUUUCAUCAAGGGAGGCAUGAGGAUCCGAAACAGCUAUCAGAUUUUCAAGGAGUGUCAGGCUAUGGUACACGCCAGUGGAGAAAUGGAGAAGAAGAGCACGUAUAUUCACUUUAAGGGCGGCGUCAGCAUGGGCAUAGGAUCUUUUAACCUGAUGCUAUCGCUACUACCAAGUAGAAUCCUCAAACUGAUGGAGUUUUUAGGUUUCUCGGGGGACAGGGAGAUGGGUUUGUCCGAGUUGCGAGCAGGCGCGUCCAGCGACAGUCUGCGCUCCAUCCUCAGCACGUUGACUCUGCUCAUGUUUCACCUCUACAUCUCGGUCAUUCUAGGUUCCGGCGACGUGGACCUGAGUGAGGCUGAGGCCCUGCUGGAGCCUUACGCUAAAAGGUUCCCAAAUGGAGCCAUCAUGCUUUUCUACGUUGCAAGAAUUGCCUUGCUCAAAGGAAACAUCACUUAUGCUCAGGAAAAGUUCCACGCGUGCUUCGCCGCGCAGCAGGAGUGGCGGCAGAUUCACCACCUGUGCUACUGGGAGCUCAUGUGGGCCUACUCCUUUGAACAGAAGUGGCGGGAAGCGUACCAUUACGCUAAUCUCCUCUGCAAGGAGAGCAAGUGGUCACGGGCCGUCUACGUGUUCCAGAAGGCUUCCAUACUGAGCAUGCUCCCCGAAGAGGACGUCAAGAAACUUGGUGAAAAUGUGGUGGAUUUAUACAGGGAGGUGGACGGUCUGAGGUUGAGGAUGGCCGGGAAGUCCAUCCCAACGGAGAAGUUUGCGGCCAAGAAGGCUCAGCGCUACGCCUCCUCCAAGCCCGUCAAACUGGUCGUCCCAGCCCUUGAGAUGAUGUACGUGUGGAACGGCUUCACCAUCGUGGGCAAAAGGGCCGACCUGACGGAGAACAUCCUGGCUACGUUGGAGAAAGCAGAGGAGGAGCUCAAGUACGAUUCAAACCCGUCCGACUACCACUUGGAUGACCAGUGUGUGGUCCAGCUGCUCAAGGGCUUGUGUCUGAGGCAGUUGGGGCAGCUCGACCAGGCCAUGGUCUGUUUCAACCGCGUCUUAUCCAGCGAAAGCGACCUGAAGCACGACAACUACCUGGUGCCGUUCACCAUGUACGAGAUGGGCCUGCUGCACAAGCAGCGGGGCGACAUCGACAAGGCCGUCUUUAUGAUCGAAAGCGCCAAGAUGGACUACAAAGACUACAGCAUGGAGUCGCGGCUCCACUUCCGCAUCCACGCGGUGCUCAACAGCCUGGGCUCCUUGCCGGCCAAGAUGCCGCCUUCGCGUACGCCGGCGUGAACGCUCCCAUGACUGCACUUUCUAUUAUUGGAUGGUCAUAUUCCUCCACGCUGCCUCAUGACUCGAGGGCAUCUUAUUACUCUACUGUAAAUGCCUUAUACUGGGGCUUUGGAAAUAUUGUAUUUACACCACAACUUUCAUAAAUGUGUUUUUUUUUAAUCCACUUUUUAUUUGUGAUGUUGUCACUGGAUUAUUGUGCUUAAGUGUUGUAUUUCCUCAUAUAAAUGAUCUUUACUCAA